GGAACCUGGAAUGGUUAGACAAGAACAAAACCAGUUUUCUGAUCAUGUGGAGGAGACCAGAAGAGUGGGGAAAGCUCAUCUACCAGUGGGUGUCAAAGAACGGCCUGACCAACUCCGUGUUCACGCUGUACGAGUUAGCCAGCGGGGACGAUACAGAGAGCGAAGAGUUCCACGGCUUGGAUGAGACGAUGCUGCUCCGUGCCCUGCAAGCCUUGCAGCAGGAGCACAAGGCUGAAAUUAUCACUCUGGACGACGGCCGAGGGGUCAAGUUCUUCUGA